AUGCCUUCUUCUAAGCAACCUAAUAACUUCCAGAUUCUGAGCCUUCUGCAAUGGCCCUUGAGCUACCUUGCCAUAUUUUUGAUCUUGCAGCCACUGUUUAUUUCUCUGCUGUUUACACCCUUGUGGCCACUACCAGUGAUUUACUUUGUUUGGUUGUUCUUGGACUGGAAGACCCCAGAGCAAGGUGGCAGGCGUUCAGCCUGGGUAAGGAACUGGUAUGUCUGGACUCACAUCAGGGACUAUUUCCCCAUUAUGAUCCUGAAGACUGAAGACUUGUCACCUGAGCGCAACUACAUCAUGGGGGUUCACCCGCAUGGCCUCCUGACCUUUGGCGCCUUCUGCAACUUCUGCACUGAGGCCACGGGCUUCUCAAAGACCUUCCCAGGCAUCACUCCUCACUUAGCCACUCUGUCCUGGUUCUUCAAGGUCCCCCUUAUUAGGGACUACCUCAUGGCCAAAGGUGUGUGCUCUGUGAGCCAGCCAGCCAUCAACUACCUGCUGAGCCAUGGCACUGGCAAUCUCGUGGGCAUUGUUGUGGGAGGAGUAGGAGAGGCCCUGCAGAGUGUACCCAAUACCACCACUCUCAUCCUCCAGAAGCGCAAGGGCUUUGUGCGCACUGCCCUCCAGCAUGGGGCUCAUCUGGUCCCCACCUUCACUUUCGGAGAAACUGAGGUGUUUGACCAAGUGCUAUUCCAGGAAGGCAGCAGGAUGUACAAGUGCCAGAACUUCUUCCGUCGAAUCUUUGGUUUCUAUUUUUGUGUCUUCUAUGGACAAGGCUUUUACCAAGGCUCCAUUGGUCCCUUGCCAUAUAGCAGGCCUAUUGUCACUGUGGUUGGGGAGCCUCUGCCGCUGCCCCAAAUUGAAAAACCAAGCCAGGAGAUGGUGGACAAAUACCACACACUCUAUAUGGACGCUCUGAGCAAACUCUUUAAUAAGCAUAAGACCCAAUAUGGCUGCUCAGACAGCCAGAAGCUGCUUUUCUUGUGA